CAAUGGAACAGGACCAGGAUCAGCCAUUUGUCUGGAUAACAUCUCCUUCAGUAUGGACUGCUUCCUGGCCUCCAAUGGUGAAUUUCCUCCUACGGUAACCGGCACCACUAAACUGCCAUUGAAACCAACCAAUCAGAACAUCAAAACAACCACCUUGUCCAAUGGAAACUCAAGAACAUUGUCAGACCUUCCUACUCCAACUGACUCAAUGAAAUGGGCCUUUCACACUUGUGGGGCAGUUGGUUCAGAGGGGCCCACUCCAACCCAGUGUAGCAGCUCCUAUCGGAACAGCAAUGUCAAUGUUACCGUGGCAACCAGAAGCCCAUUCAAAGGCAUCCAAAUAUGGAGGGUACCGGAGACUGGCAUCUACAGGAUCACAGCUUGCGGGGCGGCUGGCGGUCGCAGCGUAUUGGCCAUGACCAAGUCACAUGGUAUCCAACUCACAGCGGACUUCCUGCUUCAGAAGGGCGAGUUGCUUCACAUCCUGGUGGGCCAAAAAGGAGAUGACGCUUGCCCCAACACCAACGGAAUACUGAACAAGAUCUGUGUAGAGCAGACGCCAUUGGACAACAAGACACAGGUCAAAGGGGGCGGGGGCGGAGGAGGAGGAGCCACCUAUGUGUUCAAGGUGCAGAGGGGUGUCCACAUCCCCCUGAUCAUCGCAGGUGGAGGUGGGGGACGUGGUUACAGCAGCCAAUCGGACAGCCAGGAUGAGUUAAUGGACGACCCCAAUGUACCAGGGCACAACGGAAAGUCUGGAGCGGCAGGUGGAGGCGGAGGUUGGAAUGACAGUAACCCUGGGUCUCAGGGUGGGAGACCCCUCAUACUUGGAGGCCAGGGGGGGCAACCCUGCCAGGUGUUGGGCUGGAAGACCCGAGGGGGCUUCGGGGGAGGGGGAGGCGCCUGUACAUCCGGUGGUGGAGGAGGGGGGUAUAGAGGUGGCAGCACCUCUGAAGCAAAUGACCCAAAGCAGGACGGAGAGGAUGGCUCCUCUUUCACCAACCCAGAGGGUGAGAUCUUCCUGGACGCUCUGAAAGGGAUGGAAAGUGAUGGAGAGGUGAUCAUCGGCCCCGUGCAGAACUGUAGCCACUGUGAGACGGGCGAGUGUCAUGAGAUCGAGGAGGGGACCAUGUGUUACUGUGAAGAGGACCUCGUACUUGCCCCCGACGGUGUCUCUUGUGUCAACGCAUCAACAGAGGUGUCUCCCCUGCCACCCCAGCCCUCCCUGUCCCAUCUGGCCCUGUGUCUGUCUGUAGGGACCUCAGCCCUCAUCGCUGCCCUGCUGCUAGCUGUGUCUGGAGUCAUAAUCAUGUACAGACGGAAGCACAUAGAGCUACAGUCCAUUCAGCUGGAGCUCCAGAGCCCAGACUGUAAGCUGAGCAAACUGAGGGCCUCCACCAUCAUGACCGACUACAACCCCAACUACUGCUUCGCUGGGAAGAGCGCCUCUGUCAACGACCUGAAGGAGGUGCCCCGACGCAACAUCUCCCUCACCAGGGGUCUGGGACAUGGUGCCUUCGGUGAAGUGUAUGAAGGGAUGGCAGUGGGGAUACCUGGAGAGCCCAGUCCCAUGCAAGUAGCGGUUAAGACACUCCCUGAGGUGUGCUCUGAGCAGGAUGAGCUCGACUUUCUCAUGGAGGCUCUCAUUAUCAGUAAAUUCAGCCACCAGAACAUAGUGCGGUGUAUAGGGGUGAGUCUUCAGGCCCUGCCACGCUUCAUCCUACUGGAAUUGAUGGCUGGAGGAGAUCUCAAGAGUUUCCUGAGAGAGACGCGGCCCAGACUGGAGCACCCCUCUAGUCUCUCCAUGGUGGACCUGCUCAAUGUGGCCAGAGAUAUCGCACAGGGAUGCCAAUACCUGGAGGAGAACCAGUUUAUACACCGGGACAUUGCAGCUCGGAACUGCCUGCUGACCACCAAAGGACAGGGGAGAGUGGCCAAGAUAGGGGACUUUGGAAUGGCCAGGGACAUUUACAGGGCGAGCUACUACAGAAAGGGUGGGCGCGCCAUGCUGCCUGUGAAGUGGAUGCCUCCCGAAGCGUUCAUGGAGGGGAUCUUCACGUCCAAAACGGACACGUGGUCCUUUGGGGUUUUGCUAUGGGAGAUCUUCUCUCUGGGAUAUAUGCCCUAUCCCAGUCGCAGUAACCAGGAAGUGUUGGAGUUUGUCACCAGCGGUGGAAGGAUGGACCCUCCCAAAAACUGCCCAGGGCCCGUGUACCGGAUAAUGACACAGAGUUGGCAGCAUCAACCGGAGGACAGGCCCAACUUCUCCACCAUCUUGGAGCGGAUUGACUACUGCUUACAGGACCCCGAUGUGGUGACUGUUACAUUGCCUGUGGAAUAUGGCCCCCUCCCCGAAGAGGAGGAGCGGGUGCCCAUGCGCCCUGAGGACCCCACAGCCUCUCCCCUGCUGGUGUCCACUCAGAUGCCCGACGGAGAGGGCCCUGCACCGGCACCCUCUGCCCCCGACCCCAACGAGGAGAACCGAAGAGUCGAGCAGCCCCUCCUCCUUUCCAGCCAACCCCCCGAAACUGCCAAGCCCCAGGCGAUGGCGCAACAACCCCAGUCCUACCCCAACCCUCACCCCCAGACCUUCCCCACGACCACCAUCACAGCCACCUCUUUCAUCUCCACCUCCAAGGCGCCUCCCCCCAUCUCCAUCCAGCAGCCCAACCCAGAGGGGGGCCACAUCAAUCUGGCCUUCACCCAGGGCCACCCUAAGGAUAAGGAGGGUCGCAAUGGGAAGCCCACCAACCUGUGGAACCCCACCUACGGCUCCUGGUUCCUCCAGCAACAGCAGAAGAAGCAGCAGCAACAACAGCAGCAGCAGCAAAUGCAGGGAGGCAUGGGCAGUGGAGGUGAGGGGGUUGUAGGUGGGAGGGUGCCGGGCGAGGGGCAGCAGCACCAAGGGCGGACUGUGGCCGAGGCGGCGGGGACCCUGGGUCUCCAGCAACAGCAGCACAAGCAGCAGCAGUUCCAGCCACCGUAUCCCUUCCAUCCGCAGCAGCAACAGCAACAGCAGAUGCAGCUGCAGCAGAUGCAGCUCCAGCACCACCAACAGCAGCAGCAACAGCAGGGGCUCUGCAGGCCCCUCUUGCCCCCUCCGCCUCCACCCCAGGCCACCUCCUCGGAUAUCACUGCCCCUACCCCUUCCCCGCUCCUGUUGGAUUCGGCCACUCUCCCCCCAGUCCCCCUCUUCAGACUUCGCCACUUCCCCUGCGGGAACAUUGGCUACGGCUACCAGGAGCAAGGUUUGCCCCUGGAGGCGACCCACCACCACCCCAACCCUGUCAACCCCCCUCCUCCCCCGCCACCCGUGGCCAUCCAGAGAGGAGUGGCGGGGACCCAGCUGUCGCUGAGCUGCUCGACGAUGGGCAAUUCCGAGGACAGCCGCCCGCUGCUGGUCACCAUGGGGACAGUGCAGGACCCCACGCUGCCCCGGAUGGAGGGCCACAAUGCCACGGUGCUUUAGACCAACCCCGACCUCCAUCUUGCUUUUUGGCUCCCACCUCGGAGACCAUGUGUACAGGCAGCCAGACUAGAUGGUACACCGCACAACAUUGUGUCAGGACAGUACCCGCCGCCUUACGACCCCCCCUCCUGUCUCGACACCUUGGUUUCAUCCACAGAUUGGAUCGACCCAUUGGAUUGACCCAUUUUCACCUGGCCGAUGAGUCCAAAAAUCUCUAAAAUGGUUGCGGAAAUGCCAAUGGGGUAACUGCCUAGCGUUUCCAGAUUUCUAUGAAGUAUGACCUAUAAUUACUUACAAUAUGAGUGAAAUAGUUUUCCUUCCAAAAAUGGGUAAUUGAGUAUGUUAAAAACCAGCUGCAUACCCCAACAACAGAAUGGUGUGGGCUUAUACCAGUCAUAAACAAUAUUCACGUAAGUAGCUGCUGAUUGGACAGCUCAUCCUCCUCUAGACCACUGAUUGGCCAGCUCAUCCUCCUCAGGGA